AUCGUUGUCAACUAUCUUAUUGGAUCCAUCGUCACAUUUUUUUUUUGUAUCGUCGUCCUAUGUCGCCUCCAUCAUUGCACCCUAUCCCACCUCCCCUCUCGUAGUUGCUCGCAUCUUUACACGUGGAUUAGUCUCACCGACCACUCUGUUCCAUUAGUGUAAUGUUUUCCAACGAGAGCAAACGUGAUAUAGGGAGGAGGCAAGCAAAACAAGAGGCAACGGUAAAAAAGGGGUGGACGAGAAGUAAUUUGGAUAGUUUUUGAAUUAAGGAUAUUAUUUUAAAAAAACCAAAUAUAGGUACUGUUUAGAAAAUAUCUAAAAUAAAAAAUGGUUUUUUAAUCGCUGAUUAUAAUAUAUAUAAAUAUUUAGUUGUAUGUAUAUAUAAAUUGCGACUCCCACUUUUUAGGAGGUUUUAAUGAGGAAAAAAAAGGACAACAAAAUUAAAGUACGUGGCGUUAUUCUUCCUUCCCCAUCUCGGCCGCCUAAACGUGUUCUUCUCCUCAGCAUAAUAUAAAGAGACAGGGAACCUCAAUCCCCGAGCCGGACGGCAAUGGGGACCGACGGCGGCGUACUCCGGCGCUCCGCCGCCGUCGUGGAGCACGCCCGCGACAGUGCCCGCUCCACCCGCAGGGCACUCCGCUCCUUCCGCCUCCACUACGCCCUCCUCCUCUGGGUCCUCCUCCUCGCGUCCCUCUUCCCCCGCCGCCGCGCCACCAUGCUCUUCCUCAUGGCCGCCUCCAAGCUCGCCCUCUUCUACGGCGCCCUCCUCGAGGCCUUCCCCAAUUCCGCCCUCCUCCGCCAGAUCGUCGACCGCAGGCUGGUCGCCGCGCUCCUGAUGGCCGCCGUCGGCGCCGAGAUCGUAAUGACGAGUGCCGUGCCGCAGUUCCUGCUCGCCAUGGCAGUCGGGGUGCCGCUCGUGCUGCUCCACGCCUUGUUCCGAACGCAGGACGAUCCGGCGGCCAGUGGCGAGGAGACGGCCGCUCUUUUGCAAACCAUGAGACUUGUACAGAAGAACAGUAGGAAAAUGGACCUGUUGAAAGGCAUGCUCAUAAGAGCUAAGGGAACAUGCAAGAACAGUAGGAAAACGGAAGAAACAAGAAGAUGA